ACCUCGUCGCAUUGAUUUCUGGGAGUUGUAGUCCCGACUUGUGCGAGCAGGCAUGGCUGCCUGCAUUGUAGCGGGGAAUGGGGGCACCUUGGGCUUAACCAAGAGCUUCCAAGCCUCUAGAGUACUGUUUACUGGGCUGGCGUCUGCCAUUCGCUGGCUCCGCUCUGGGCCCGCCCGGAAGCAGAGCAAUGGGCCUUCCGAGCCUGGCGCGUUCCAGCCGCCGCGGAAACCGGUCAUCGCGGACAAGCGCCGACCUUUGGGUGGGGACCGGAGGUUUUUGAGUCCUGAGUUUAUUCCUCCAAGGGGAAGAACAGAUCCUCUGAAAUUUCAAAUAGAAAGAAAAGAUAUGUUGGAAAGGAGAAAAGUACUUGACAUUCCAGAGUUCUAUGUUGGAAGCAUCCUGCGUGUUACCACGGCUGACCCCUAUGCCCCCGGAAAAACUAACCAGUUUCUGGGAAUUUGCAUCCAGAGGUCAGGAAGUGGACUUGGAGCUACUUUUAUUCUUAGGAAUAUUAUUGAAAGACAAGGGGUUGAGAUUUGCUAUGACCUGUAUAAUCCGCGAAUCCAUGAGAUCCAAGUGGUCAAAUUAGAGAAACGGCUGGAUGAUAGCUUGCUAUACUUACGAGAUGCGCUUCCUGAGUACAGCACUUUCGAUGUGAAUAUGAAGCCCGAAACACCGGAGUUUACCGGUGAAGUUCCUGUUAAUGAGCUAAAAGUGAAAAUGAAGCCCAAGCCUUGGUCCAAACGCUGGGAACGUCCAUAUUUUAAUAUUAAAGGAAUCAGAUUUGAUCUUUGUCUAACUGAUGAACAAAUGGAAGCAGCUCAGAAGUGGAGUCAGCCAUGGCUUGAAUUCGAUAUGAUGAGGGAAUACGAUACUUCAAAAAUUGAAGCUGGGAUUUGGGAUGAAAUUGAAGCAUCAAACAAGUCCUGAUUCUGAGAAGCAUUUGGUUACCUGAGGAAGAUGAAUUGGCUUUUAGGGGAUUUAUCCCGAAACCAAGUUAACUUUAUUUACAAGAACAUAAUCCUUAAAUAAACGAAGCAUUCUUUUUCUCAAUUGCUUUCCAAAAAAUGAAAUUUUCAUAGCAGUUUGUUACUGAAAAAUAAUAUAACUGCCAAAUGGUCCGGUGUUUGUUCGCUAAUUUGAGGCAAAGCUGGACAUGGAAGACAGCAUCAUCAGAAUGUACCUGAGUCAGCAUGGACUUGGACUAGACGAAGGGGUGGGAUGCUAUUUGGGUAUUGAACUCAUGACCUGUGCUCGUCCGGCAGGCACUUGUGCCACUGAGCUGGGAUGCUAAUUUUGAAUUGUGAAUUAAAUAAUUACGGAACAAA